GCUUGGGAGAUUGUUACUAUGAGUGUGCAGUUCGGCCACUCAGUUGCUCGAUGGUGCCCCACACCUUGAAUGCACCUACAUUGAUUUCUAAGAGGUUACGGGAUGCAGCUAUAGCCUGGUAGCACACCGUUGCUGGCAUUUAUUGAUAGGCCACCGGUCAUUCUAGCCAUUCGACCUGAAAAGCUCAUUCACCCGAGUUGCCCGAUCAGAGAAUAUAGUUUUGGAUGACGAUACGACAUCGAGUCGCAACACUUCGAACUGUAAUCUCAGAACACCCAGUAUGGCUGAGUCUUCAUUUCUUCAGUUAGCUUCAUCGUCUUGUUGGAUUAUCUCAUGGCUCGCCCUUAGCAUGAGUCUUGUGAUGCUCAAUAAGUUGAUAAUGAGCGAUCUCAAUUUCAACUAUCCUGCCUUCCUGGCGACCAGCCAUUUGGUCUUCAAUACAUUAUGCACACAGCUGUUAGCACUCCCGACAUCAUUCUUGAAGAAUGACCCAUGGACGAAUGUCGAUAGGGCUGCCUUCUACAAGGCUCUUGUGCCUAUAGCAGUAUUGAUGAAUUUCAGUAUUAUUUGUGGUAAUGCUGCUUAUGUUCAUCUCAGCGUUGCCUUGAUCCAGAUGCUCAAGGCUUUGUCCCCCGUAGCAGUGUAUGUAAUCUCUUGUCUACUGGGAUUGACGGAAGUCACAGGACGCAAGUGCAUAGAUGUCUGCGUCAUCUCAGGUGGUGUCAUGUUAUCGUCACUGGGCUGGACCGAAGAAACAUCCAUGAGCAUCAUAUUGCAACUCAGUGCCAUCAUUGCCGACGCUGUUCGGCUGGCUAUGACACAAAAGGUUCUCAGCUCAUGUGAGUUGAAUGUGGAGCCACUCGCUUUACUGCACCACCUGGCUCCAAUAUGUUCCCUGACCGGACUGGUGCUCACAAUCGGGUUGGAAACUCCAACUAUUCCUGAAGUGCUGGGAAUAUGGCAUUUCGGUAUCGGAAGUUGCAUCUUGUCAUUUUGUCUGAACAUUGCAGGGUUCUCAGUGGUCAAGAAAACGUCGUCUCUAACAUUGAGCAUUUGUGGCAUAUUGAAAGAUUUGAUCCUGAUUGGACUCUCAAUCGCUAUUUGGCAUGACGCCGUCACAGCGCUACAAUUAAUUGGGUAUGGUCUCGCAUUGGUAGGGAUAUUGCAUUAUCGUCAUCACACUGAGCAAUAACUCCUUCAAUCACACACUUGAGGCGUCUUUAUGAGCAUCCUGAGACGUCGGUGGCAGACGUUGAGUUGUAUCACAUCUUAGACACCAGCACAUAUUGCCCGUGGAGCAAAAGUGAGCCACAUGACGGAUUUGUUGGCGUCAGAAUACCUAUGCGAACAUGAAGCAAUGGCGACCAAAAAUGAUGUCA